CUUCACCCCAUCGUUUUUCAUUUCCAUCGCGCACCUCUCCUACUCGGUCAGCAGUUUCUCAGACUGCCGGAUAUUCCCUGUUGCUAUGGACACGCUACCUCCAGGCCUUGUCCGAGGGAGAGACUACAGCUACGGGCACACUGUGAACGAAAGCAUCGAAGUCCUUAGGGAAGUUCAGAAGCUGAACCUCUCCAUUCCCGUUGCAUUAUCGUUCGGGAUGAAAGGAAUGUACUACGCUCCCAAGUUUGCCGAUCCGUCGUCACCGAAAGACGACGAGUUCGCGCUGUUUAAACCGUGCCAGGAUUUUCCUUCUGCUAAGUUCGACGACCCUAAGGAGGUGUGCCGUAACACCAGCUGGCAAGCACCGAAGUACUUGCCUACAUAUGCCCACAACUUGGCGGCGAAGAAGAUGAUCACCUACCUAACCGAGUCAGCUAUAGCUAGACUGGUAUGUGAUGCUAAGGUCUCUAGCCUGAAACUAAACUACGGCCUUGCUGCCUACGACAUAGACUACGAUGUACGUCAAACAUGCCUGGCUUUCGGCUUCGCAUCAUCACUUGGACGCCCUUCACAACUGAACCGGGUCCUUAAUAUGCGCCAAGUGAUGGAUUUUUUGCGUACGAACUACACCAGUGCCACAGAAAACUUCAAGUGCUUAACGGUUUCGGAUCCUUUAAGCUCCCUGAUUGGUCGUUAAACUUCAGUGAAUGCCGUCCAUAUGGGUUUUUCCCUGAAGUCGUCGUGGCUGCUGCAUUGUCAAGCAAACUUCUACAAAAAAUAAAAGAGGAG